GAGGUGACAGCGAUGGCGUCAGCGCUGCUGGUGACGCUGGUGGCUGCGGUGGCGAUGCUGAGCCGGGGCGUGGAGGCCCAGUGCCCCGCGCCAGCCGACCUGCACCCCACCAACGGCACGCGGUUGUGUGCCCUGCUCUACGCCGACAACAGCCCCUACUACGACCAGUGCUGCGCUGGCGACGUGCUGGAGGUGCUGCCGGGCAGCGACGUGCCCUACAUGCCCCGCGGGUGGUCCGGCCGCGCCUCCUCCCUCGUGGUGGGCACCAAGUGCGAGCUCACCGUGUGGUCGCGCCGGGCCAAGGCAGGCAAGUCGCGGUCCUUCAGCGCCGGAGCGGUGCCACGGCUGCAGGAGGUGCGCCGGGGCUUCUUCGGGGACUGGAACGACGCCAUCCGGGGCUACUACUGCACCUGCAAGUGAGCGGCAGCACGGGGCGGGGCGGCGGCGCCAGGGACGGGGGGUGACACCGGGCAACGGGAGGUGCCGUGAGGCGAUGAUGAGGGCCAACGUGAGUCAACGUGGGUCAACCCACCGUGCCCCAGUUUAGCCAAGAGAUGCUGAUGUGAGCCAAGAUGAGCUGACACGAGCCAACAUUGGCCAAGACAAGUCAACGCGAGUCCGCAGUGGCCAAGAUCCACCAUCAGGGGCCAACCCGGGCCAAUGCGAGUCAACCCGGGCCAAGCCAUGCUGAGGACGUGCCCCUCACGACAUCCUGCAUGUCUCAUUGGCCGACACAGCCGCGGCCCCUUGCCCCCCUGUGCAGUCAAUAAAGCCCCGAGGCAGCAGCA